AGCUGUUUCUUUCUUUAUUUGCCCAUACUACUCUGUAUUUUGUAGUCUGUGUCUAUAGUACUUUGUAACAAUAAAAAACGGGAUAAAAAAACAUAGUACCAAUAACGAUGAAGAUUUGGUGUGAUGUUUGUGACAAAGAGGAGGCGUCCGUCUUCUGCUCUGCAGAUGAAGCUGCACUCUGCGACGGCUGUGAUCGCCGUGUCCACCAUGCUAACAAGCUCGCCGGGAAACACCUCCGUUUCUCUCUUCUCCACCCCACCCACAAAGAAUUCCCCCUUUGUGAUAUCUGUCAGGAGAGACGGGCGUUUCUGUUUUGUCAAGAGGAUAGAGCGAUUUUGUGCAGAGAAUGCGACCUUCCGAUUCACAAAGCAAACGAACAUACCCAGAAACACAAUCGGUUUCUUCUCACUGGGGUGAAACUCUCUGCUUCAUCAUCUUCAUACCCAGUUACAUCCUCCUCUAAUGGCGGUGCCGAGACAACAAACCCCAUUUCCUCUAUGAAUAGACCCAGUUCAAUUUCCACCGAAGCCUUCAGUUCCGCUUCAAUGGAGAAGAUAUUACCCCCAACAAAUCAAAGAAUCGACGACAACUACACCAGCGAUACUGGUUCAAUCUCAGCAAGCAGUUUUGCGGAGUAUUUGAUGGAGACCUUACCGGGGUGGCGCGUGGAGGAUUUUCUCGAACCUUCUUCCACUACUUCCAAUGGUUUGUGUAAGAUUUCUGACCCCUUAUCGCCGGUCCCAGAUCAAGUUUCAUCGGAAGAUUUAGCAAUCUGGGUUCCUAAAGUUCCUCCUCAAAUUCAUUUUUAUGCUCCUGAAAAUGCAAAGUUUGAUGGAUUUGAAGGGUUCAUGGAAUCAAAGGGUUUGAAGAACAACAAACGUGAACGGAGAGAUGAUUGUUUUGCGGUUCGUCAGAUCAGUCGUCCCUCCAUCAAGAAAUCUAGACAUUUUUGGUAGAAUUUCUAUGUUGAGUCUUUGAGAAGGAAAGACAAUUGCUUUGGAUUGCUCAAAAUCAGUCCUUCAGAGUAAGCUUUCUGUUUUGGAAUGUAAUGUGAUAGACUGUUAACAUUUAAUGAUGGUCUUCAAGAAUUGGACUCCCCUUUUUCCUUGGCAAUCUUGAGCCCCUGCAGGCUGCAGUUAUUUCUUUGUUUGAGUUUUGUUGGUGCAAUUUUUGGAAGCCUAUCAGAGCAUGAAAAAUGGAUU